ACUACACAAGGUGCGUAAUGUGCCCUUUUUUGUCAUUGUUGUUUUCCGUCAAGUCUGUUAACCUAGACUGACUGAGUGAUUCUGAAAUCAGUAACUGUGUAUAUGUAGACAAAACUGACGACACCUAUAUCUGGUUCCUUCCGGUAGCAUGGCCAAUGCAGUGAAGGAUUUUGUUCGAAAUGGCCUGUCAUCGUUAUUUGGAAGAAAGAAUUUCAGUAGCCACGGUAGUCAAGAAUACCUUCAUGUUGAAGAUCAAGAAGAUAGCGAUGACGGUGUAGUUUAUCCAAGCGAGGAGAUGCAAAGGAAAAGCGAUGGGAAAGGCGAGGAUACAAGUACAGCAAAUGAGGAAAAAUCUGAGAAAACUUCCGCUUUGCAAGCGGCUUGGAAUGUUCUCAAUUUAAUUCAAGGUCAGCGCUAGCCAUAAUCAUAUUUAAAAGCGAACGAAAAGUUCUAUGAUGUGUUUUAUGUGUGUAUAUAUGUUUAAAAGAGAGUGCAGUGGAAAAUCAAACCCUUUGUUUGUCCUCAUAAAUGAGGGUCGUUGAAAUGGUUGAAAAUUGAACCAUCUUUUAUACCGAGUACCAUGUUCGAAAAAUUGUGACCAACAACCACGACAUAAGGUCAGUGAUAAAAGAGUUCCGUGAACGUAUGCAGAAAAAAGUAUAAUUCGGUUGCCUUAAGAAAAUCAGGGCUCGCAAGUAUUUUUUUUCCCUAUACUACAUUUAAAUGUGGUUAAUUUGGGCCACGAAGCAAGACGUAUAUCAUAUUUUCAUAUCUUUUGCGUUCUUGGGGCUGUCACAACUUUGGAAAAUCAAAAAUGGAAGGUUCAUCCUUAGAAUUGUUGCAAAUUUUUGGUUUCCCGAAAAAAAAAAAAUAAUAAUAACUUUAAGGAGGACAUAUGUUUAGUUGAAUCAUGCAGAUUUUCUUGCAGGUUAAUACAACAAAAAGGGAUGAAAAAAAGAAACUACUCCAAUUCCAAUUGUAUUAAAAAAUAAUUAGGAUCUACCGUGAAGAGAAUUCAAUUAAACGCCAUGUAUUAUUUAUCGCGUAGUAGAAGUCGAAAGUAUGUUAAAGAAAUCCCUUUUAUAGGUCGAUCAAUUUUCAUAAGACUGAAUAAAAUCAGUAAACCGGCCUAUUUGGCAUUACCUUUCUAAAGGGGGCUACUCUUUUGCUUAAAUCGUCUUUGGUUCCUUGUGACAUAACAACGAGCGACCUAUGUUUGAAAAAAAUCAAGCAACAAUGCCUUUAAUAAUCAUUUCCCUUAUAUGAAUAUUUUAUAGAGACCGCAAUUGAGAACUUCGAAAAGAAAUUUCAUAAGACCCAAGUCGCAUUAUUAUUUCUUGAAGGAAUAUUCGAUAAAUUAAGUUUAGAGUCAGAGAAAGAUAACUUUCUGCCUCUGAGGUACUGUCUUGUUUAAUAUUAUGAGAAAAAAGCAAACCUUCAACUUAUAAAAUAUUAAGUACACUGAAGGUUGGAAGUGAAUUAGUUUUCAAAUGUGAAAUCCAAACAAUGUGAAUCGUUGCCAAUUUUUUUAAAUAGGAAAACAAAUUUUGAAUUGCUGCUUUAAGUCGCCCACGAACGGUUUUUCCCACUCCACAAAAGUUCGACAAUUUUUCGCUCAUUAAAAUUUUUCCAGUCUUUCGAAACAUAAUUACACGUGUACACUCAUUUAUUUAUUCACAGCGUAAAGCUUGAGCACUGAACAGAACAAAAAAAGGCUUUACAAAGCAAUUGCUAAUUAAACUGUUAAAAAAUUCUCUUUUUGCGAUUCCCUACAGUUCAUCAACGCAGAAACUAGCUGUUGCGAGAAACAAAAACUGUCUUCAAUAUAGUGUCAGACAGCUGUCACCUAAAUCAAAGUCUUUUAAUUUCUAAGAUAAAAAAAGCUUUGUGGAGUUAUUUUGAAGUUUGCUUCAUUGAACACGCCAAAAAAUUAUUUUCUUUUUUCUUCUCUUUUUCCCUUUUUUGUAACUAAUUAGAAGACACCAAAUCAUAGGAAUCAUAUACUUGAUUUUUGGUUCGUAAGAGAGUUAACCAGAACUCUGCUAAAGGAAUAAGAAAGAAAAAAAAGGAUAGUUAUCUGAACUAGUAAAUUCAAAGGCGAACCACUUAUCCUCUACUUCAAGUUAGGAAUUGCUGAAUCAAAUUUCUUUUUCAGCAAAAAUUCACGUAUCCAACAACCUGAAAGAAACGUCGGUUAAAUUCUACAAGACACUGAUUUAAAGGGCAGAAGCUAAUUAAACAAGGAGAUAAUUUUCCUUUUGUCCGCAACUUGUGCCCACAAUAGGUUGCAGCUGCCUUGAGAAAGAGACAUUUGGUCUGUGGCCCUCAACCUCCCCUCCUUAGUAACUAAGAAACCGCUCAUGAGACGGUCACCACACAGAAUGAUGCACUCAUCAUUUCCAACAUCUAGGCAUAACUUGAUUGACACGAUGACGUAAUUUUGAACUUACUGGCAGGGUCCAAAUCUUAUCAAUAAUUUUCCCCUUCAAGUGGCCAUAAAUUUAGAUUUAAAUUGGUUCCGAGGGUAUAACACUAUAACGCCAUGAUACUUCCAGUAUUCGACUAUUGUGCUGUCGUAUGGGACUCCUGCGGUAAGACUGACCAAGGGUACUUAGAUAAGUGCAAAGGCGUGCCGCCAGUAUUAAUGAAGGCUACACAGUUUCACAACCGCAAAUAUCUCGCACAUUCGGUUGGCCUACGCUCCAGUACCGAGUACAUGCUAGUGUUUAACAGCCUUCAUGGCCUGGCUCCAGCAUAUGAAUUUAGCCUAUAACACGCGCCAUAGAGAUUUGCUCCGUCUGCCCCUAGCUAGGACAACUAAGUGCCAGGGCUCCUUCAGGUUCAGCGGAGCCAAGAUCUGGAACACGCGUCCUCUCGACCUGAGGAGCGAGCAUGAUAUUAAAAAGUUUGCGUUUGGCCGAAAAAGGCACUUUAGAUCUAAGCCUAAAUGAGCCCCCUUUACUUAUGUUAUACUUAGUUCUACCAUUUUUUAUCCUUAUUUGUCUUGUGUCUUGUUUUCUUUUUCAUCAAGGCUCUAUUCAAACCAGCCUCGCUGAACUGGGCACCCCUGACUAAAUAUUGUUUAAAAUAAAUAAAAUAUGAAUGCUUUCCACCCGAAAGGUUUUCUUUUAAUGUGAGCAAAUAGCUCAUCUCAGCUUUCAUCUCUUUCUCUCUCCAAUAGGAGAUCGUUUUAUUUUUUUAAACACAUUUUGGUAAAUAUUUCUCACACUAUGGUUACGAGAUAUAACGGCGGGAUCGAGCUAUUUUUAGACUGAAAUGCGAGAUUUAUUUGUACAAAUUUGUAUCAAACAGUACCAAAAAAGGAAAGCAAUAAGUCUCAUGACAUUAUCCAGAGACCUUUGGCAUGUAAAAAAUGUUUAGUUUCUACAUCAUUUGGAUAAAAGUGAAUUUUCAAGCAAUCCAUGCUGGCGGCCAUUUGAAUGACGUCUCCGGCUACCAUAAUACUUCUAAUAACUUCUGGAACUCAUUGUGGGUUAAUCUUAUGAAAAUACACUAACAUAAAUUUAAGAGUCAUUAAUUCUUCUAAUUCUUCAAUUGCAGGGACCGGUACACUUGGCGUUCCGUUUGCUGUGAUGCAAGGUGGAUAUAUGUCACUGGUCGCCAUUGUGGUUAUUUCAUUGAUCACGAAUUACACUGGGAAACUUAUUAUCGAAUGUUUAUACGAGAAGCCGUUUAAUGAUCAAGACACGCGGGGAGUCCGUCUAAGGAAUAGCUACGCAUUAAUAGGUAACACCGAUUUUGCAGUAAAAAUAACUUGUAAGAUUAUGGAUUCGUCUAAGAAUUGAUCGCCUCCUCAUUUCUCGAUCUAAUCUCCAAGCAAGCGAGACUGACUGCCGCUGUAAGCGCGUUCUCGAUCUACAUGCAAAACGAAACGAAUCAGGAUGAAGUUGAUCUCACUCCAGAGAACAUUCCCGGUGCGAGCUUCAGUUAAAAAGAGAUAGAACCAUAAUUUUUUCUCUCUCUUCUUCACUAAAGCUAGCACCACGAAAGUCCUCUGGAGUAAGGUCGACUUGAUCGUCCGCCAUGUUAGUUAUUUCAAAUUUGCCGUGAGGGUUAUUGAGCCUCACUUUGAUGCAACUUCCGUUUUUUUUUUUUCCUGGAAUCGGAGUAUUAACUAAGCUUUUUUGCUCUUAUUUCUCCCAUGUUUUUUUUUAGGAAAAGCUUGCUGGAAAAGGUAUGGCUCAGGAGUGGUCUACGCAGCUCAAGUAAUGCAACUUUCUUGCGCAUGCGUACUGUACCUACUGCUCGUGGCCGAUUUUUUCAACGAUCUGUUUGAACACCACUCGCUAUCGUAUGCAGUGUGGACCGUCAUUGCGGGUUGUAUUCUUCUGCCUUCGGUGUUUUUGAACCAGCUUAAGCGUAUCUCCUGGCUGAGCAUGUUCAGUGUGGUUGCGCUUGUUAUGGUCUAUGUUGCUGUUAUUGGCUUUGGUGUUGUCAAUCGUUACAACUGGAAUUUCAACCUUGGCUUAACCACCCUUGAGGGCUUCCCUGUCGCCUGGGGGAUCAUUCUCUUCAGUUUUGUGUGCCAUCCAUAUCUUCCAGGU